AUGUCGAGCCUGCGCUCGGUUCUGCUCUCCCAGAGAGCCGUUUGCUCUCUGCCGCUUCAGCUUGAACGACAAUUUUCUCUCUUGCGGGUGGGCUCCGGCGUUCCGAGCACAACAGCCACUGCCAACAGCAGCAGAACACCUUCCGAGACCAGGAGGAGCUCCACAUUCGGCGGUGCGGACAACGGGAGUCUGACGGGGUCCAACGAGAUUUCUUCGGUCGGAGAUGUUCUGGCCAUAACCGGCUUUGAGAGGGGCGGGGGAGCGUUGGAUGGCGUUACCACAUCGUUGGAUGGUACAGCAACUUCAACGCUGACCGGAUACGCCCGGCCGGUACCGGCUUCGCCGUCAUACUUCUCGCGGCAGCCGAAUUUCAACGACAGUUUUUUGCGGCUGCAGACGUUGUUUCGAAAGUACGGACACCUUCCUCUGGUCCCGGCAGAACAGGUCGAACGAGUUGCUUGGAGGAGCCUGCGAGACUACCGGCACAACAGCGGCGAGGAGAUCAAGGCGCCACAAUACAACAAGUGCAUCGCCAUCGUCAAGCAUCUGAACAAGAUCCACCCGACCCUGAAGCCGGCCGGCUUGGCAGACGCGCUGAACGAGUUUAAGCGUGAGGUCAACCCGUUUGACAACGUGGCCAAGCAGCUCACGAUAGACCGCUUUGGCCGGGCUGUCGGCGUGGGCCGCCGUAAGACAUCGGUGGCGCGGGCGUGGGUGGUGGAGGGCACGGGCGAGAUGCAGGUCAACGGCAAGAGCCUAAGCGAGAUGUUUGGGCGUGUGCACGACCGCGAGAGCGCCACCUGGGCUCUGCGGGCGACAAACCGGAUGGACAAGUACAACGUCUGGGCGCUGGCAGAAGGCGGCGGCACCACUGGACAGGCCGAGGCACUCACCUUGGCAGUGGCCAAGGCUCUCGUAGCUCACGAGCCAGCGCUCAAGACGGCGCUCCGGAAAGCCGGCUGUAUCGCUCGCGACCCGAGAAUGGUGGAGCGGAAGAAGCACGGUCAUGUGAAGGCAAGAAAGAUGCCUGCCUGGGUCAAGAGAUAA